CACAAGCACAUUAGCGACCUUGCUAGUGUCUCGAUAAGAUUAUUUGUCAAGUUCGCCUUGAUGACUUACAUACAGGCAAAGUGCAUUUUCCAUUUAGUUUUCCAUCAACCAUGGUGAUUGCAAGAAGAGCAUUAGGGGCUUUUGUGAGAGUGAAGUGUGGUCAAGCAACUGUGUUGGCUCUGAGAAGAAAACAUACGCAAACAAAUGAAUUAAGUUAUCUUCAUAAUAUUGGAAAAUAUCCUCUUGCCUACCGCACAAUUGGUCAGGAGUUGGGUCGAAUUGCCAGUGAGUAUGGUGAUCGUGAAGCAUUUGUGGCAGUGCAGGAGCAGAAACGACUAACCUACGAUCAGCUGAGACUUGAAGCUGAUCGCUUAGCAGCUGGAUUCCGGAGUUUGGGACUUCAGAAGGGUGAUCGCAUUGGUCUCUGGGCACCGAAUGUUAUCUCCUGGCCUGUUGUCUUCUACGCCGCCGCUCGGGCUGGAUUGAUCUUUGUUGCUCUAAACCCCGCAUAUGAAGCUCCUGAGAUGGAGUACUGUCUACAGAAAGUUGGCGUAAAAGUUCUCGUAACGAGCGAAAGCUUCCGCAAUAAACCCUAUUACGAUGCUCUUCUGAAGAUUUUUCCUGAACUUCAAACUACAUCCCCGGGAAAACUUUCAUCUGAUAACAUUCCUUCCCUUUCGCACGUGAUUGUGGAUUCUGAGAAAGAUUUUCCGGGAGUUUUCCGACUCAGCGACGUUGCAUCGACGCCAUCGAGUGAGCAAGUUCAGGAGAUAGCUGGCCUACAGGAUAAAAUUGAUCCUGAUAGUGGGUGCAAUAUUCAGUUCACAUCAGGGACAACGGGGAAACCAAAGGCAGCUCUUCUGAAUCAUUUUAGCUUUGUCAACAAUGGUAUUCAUAUUGGAGAAAAUCUAGAAUUUCGUGGAAGGAAAAUCCUUAUGCAGGUUCCUUUCUUCCAUGUCUACGGAGUCGUGAUCACAAUGCUAGCAAGCUUAUCACAUUAUGCUACAAUUGUCCUCCCAUCGAUUACAUACAAUCCUGAGAGAUCACUACGGGCAAUUAAAGAAGAAAAGUGUUCAGUUAUCAAUGGAACACCUACAAUGCACGUUGAUUUAGUUAAAAAGCAAAGAGAAUUGAAACUGAAUUUGGAAGCUGAAAUUGCUGUUAGCGGAGGUGCUCUGUGUCCACCACAACUCCUGCGAGAUAUGAAGAGUGAGCUGGGAUUGAAGAAAGUUAAGAAUGUUUACGGAUUGACUGAGGAUUCGGCUGUUUGCUUCAAUACUCUCCCCCAUGAUGAGGAAAGUAAAGUUUUGGAAACUGUAGGACAUAUGCAGGAUCACAUAGAAGCUAAAGUAAUUGAUGCUGAAGGAAACCUCGUUCCUUUCGGGACUCCUGGCGAGCUUUGCGUUAGAGGCUACUUCACCAUGCUCGGUUACUGGGAAGACGAAGCAAAGACUAAGGAAGUUCUGGGUGAAGAUAGAUGGCUCAAGACUGGUGAUCAGUUUGUCCUUCAUCAAGACGGUUAUGGUCAAGUUGUUGGAAGGCUCAAGGAUAUGAUUAUUCGUGGAGGAGAGAAUAUUUUUCCGAAAGAAGUUGAAAACGUCCUAGUAACAUGUCCUCAAAUCGCUGAAGCCUACGUUGUGGGUGUUCCUGAUGAGAGGCUAGGAGAAGAGCUGUGUGCAUUCGUUCGACUCCGAGACGGUGUUCAGACGUUGUCUCUGGAGGAAGUUAAGGAAUUCUGUCGUGGGAAGAUUUCUUAUUUUAAAAUUCCACGCUACCUUCGGAUUGUGGAUGACUUCCCAAAAACAACUUCCGGCAAAGUACAAAAAUUCAUACUCCAGAAAAAAUUUAAACAUGAAGAUGAGUAAAGUAUUAAUGAGAGGCUUUGAUACAGGAACUGUUGGAGAUUCUCCUAAAACUCAUCAAUGAGUAUGCUAAAUGGUGGUGACUUAGCAAUAAUUUCAAUUAAUUUUUGGUGAAUAUUUUGGGAUGAGAAAAAAAAUAUAUUGGGAAGUUCUGAGUUGUUAAUAAACGUUAAUUUAACUCAAUUACUAUCUUUCUGUUUGUUCAUUCAUUCAUGAUAAUUCGUGUGUGUUUUGACUGAUUCUUCAAACACAUAUGGUGCUUUUAUUGCGUAACAUUUCAUAACAUUACAUAUUUCUACUCGAGUGAUCAGUGAUUAGUCGAACAUUUACUUCAGCAUACAUCUGCAUAAAUGGCUAGAUAAAUACAAUCAGUUAGCAAGAGCUGCUCUUCCUACCAACAUCUCAUAGAAAAUACUCACAAGAGCGAGUUUAGUGUCGUCUGAAAUUCCAUCUUAUGUGGCUACUUUUUUGAUUAUCACGGUCAAAAGCGGCACCCAAGUUCAAUUCAAUUUCCAUCCAUGAACUGAUAACACAGCCCUAUUAAAGCUCCUAUCAACCCAUAGAGCAAUUUAGAGUGUUGUUAGCUUCAGUUCGAGUAGUUCAUUGCUCGGUGUCUUGAGAAAAGUGAUUUUUUUGCGGAAGAAAAUGUCGAUCGUUUGUGAAAAAGUUGAAAAGACGGAAAAGUCUAAAAAGGCUGCAUACGUCGGUGUUAACGAUUUCAUUACUGUGCAACGAACUGAACGACCUAAGGAUAUACCCAUUGCUGAGAAAUGGUGCAUGGAACCAUGCUUUUUGCCUGUUUAUUACCAAGAUAUGGCGGAGAAGAUUGAAAACUUUGUUGUUCGUCCUGAUGAUGUUUGGGUUAUUACCUAUCCUAAAUGUGGAACAACAUGGACGCAGGAGAUGGUAUGGCAGAUAUGCAACAAUUUGGAUUAUGAGGGUGGAAAGGAAAAGCUAUCAAUACGUUUUCCGUAUUUGGAGAUUGGUUGCUUGAUGUCGCGUGAGAUACCAGAUAUGGAUGAAAUUACUCGGCUGAAUAAUAUGCCAUCGCCAAGAUACAUCAAAAGUCAUCUACCAGCUCAUCUACUACCUCCGCAAAUUUGGACUGUGAAGCCAAAAAUUGUCUAUGUUGCACGAAAUUGCAAGGAUACGGCAAUAUCUUGGUAUCAUCACUACGUCAAUUUCCAGCACUACAAACAAUCAUUUUCCGACUUCAUGGAAGCCUUUUUAAAUGACAUGAUUGAUUUUUCACCCUAUCACUCCCACAUAAUUGACUUUUGGAAUAUGAGACAUGAGGAAAAUAUCCUCUUUCUCACAUUUGAAGAGAUGAAAUUCAACCAUCCAGCUGUAAUUGAGAGAACUGCUGCAUUUUUCAGGAAAACCUACUCUAAGGAACAAAUUGAUGUCCUUGCGGAUCAUUUGUCAUUUGCUAAAUUUUCCAAAAAUACCUCAUGCAAUAUGGAGUUUAUCCUAAAGAUGGUUGAAGAUUCGCUUAAUGUGAAAAUGGUUGACCCGAAUUUCCGGAUCACGCGCAAAGGGGCUGUAGGAUCGCACAAGGAGGAAAUGACACCGGAACUAAUUGCCAAAUUCAACGAUUGGACCGAUAGUGAGAUGAAAAAGUGGCAUUGUGAUCCAGAACUCCGGAAAGUAUUCAUUCUCUAAAUGUAAUGUAACCUCAACUUCCGGGAAAAUAAAUAUUGAACAAAUAUGACAGAUUUCAACAGUAAAA